GAACCGGCGCCGCGCCGAACCGCACCGAGCCGAACCGCACCGGGGCCAUGUACGGCGUUUGCGGCUGCUGCGGUGCCCUGCGGCCCCGCUACAAGAGGCUCGUGGACAACAUCUUCCCCGAGGACCCGGAGGAUGGCCUGGUGAAGACCAACAUGGAGAAGCUGACGUUUUACGCCCUGUCCGCCCCGGAAAAGCUGGACCGCAUCGGCGCCUACCUGUCCGAGCGCCUCAUCCGGGACGUCAGCCGGCACCGCUACGGGUACGUCUGCAUCGCCAUGGAGGCGCUCGACCAGCUCCUCAUGGCCUGCCACUGCCAGAGCAUCAACCUCUUCGUGGAGAGCUUCCUGAAGAUGGUGGCCAAGCUGCUGGAGUCGGAGAAGCCCAACCUGCAGAUCCUGGGCACCAACUCGUUUGUGAAGUUUGCCAACAUCGAGGAGGACACGCCGUCCUACCACCGCAGCUACGACUUCUUYGUGUCGCGCUUCAGCGAGAUGUGCCACUCCAGCCACGAUGACCCCGACGUCCGCACCAAGAUCCGGAUGUCCGGCAUCAAAGGCCUGCAGGGGGUGGUGAGGAAGACGGUGAAUGACGAGCUCCAGGCCAACAUCUGGGACCCGCAGCACAUGGACAAGAUYGUUCCCUCGCUGCUCUUCAACCUGCAGCACGCCGAGGAGGCCGAGAGCCGCUCGCCCUCGCCGCUGCAAGCCGCCGAGAAGGAGAAGGAGAGUCCCACRGAGCUGGCGGAGCGCUGCCUGCGGGAGCUGCUGGGCCGCGCCGCCUACGGCAACAUCAAGAACGCCAUCAAGCCCGUCCUCAUCCACCUGGAUAACCACACGCUGUGGGAGCCCAAGGUCUUCGCCAUCCGCUGCUUCAAGAUCAUCAUGUACUCGAUCCAGCCGCAGCACUCGCACCUCGUGAUCCAGCAGCUCCUGGGGCACCUGGAUGCCAACAGCAAGAGCGCGGCCACGGUGCGCGCCGGCAUCGUGGAGGUGCUCUCCGAGGCGGCCGUCAUCGCCGCCUCCGGCUCCGUGGGCCCCACGGUGCUGGAGGUGUUUAACACGCUGCUGCGCCAGCUGCGCCUCAGCAUCGACUACGCGCUCACCGGGAGCUACGACGGCGCCGCCAGCGCCAAGAUCAUCAAGGAGCACGAGGAGAGGAUGUUCCAGGAGGCCGUCAUCAAGACCAUAGGCUCCUUCGCCAGCACGCUGCCCACCUACCAGCGCUCCGAGGUGAUGCUCUUCAUCAUGAGCAAGGUGCCGCUGCCCUCGCUGCACCAGGCUAUUGAAGCCGGCAAAGCCGGCGAGAACCGCAAUCGGCUGACACAGAUCAUGCUCCUCAAGUCCCUCCUCCAGGUCUCCUUGGGCUUCCAGUGCAGCAACAUGCUCACGGCGCUUCCCAGCUCCUUCCUGGACAGGCUGCUCUCUGCUGCCCUCAUGGAGGAUGCCGAGAUCCGCCUCUUUGUCCUCGAGAUCCUCAUCAGCUUCAUCGACCGCCACGGGAACCGCCACAAGUUCUCCACCAUCAGCACCAUCAGCGACAUCUCCGUGCUGAAGCUGAAGGUGGACAAGUGCUCGCGCCAGGACACUGUCUUCAUGAAGAAGCACGCCCAGCAGCUCUACCGCCACAUCUACCUGACGUGCAAGGAGGAGAGCAACGUGCAGGCUCACUACGAGGCGCUCUACAGCAUGCUGGUGCUCAUCAGCAUCGAGCUGGCCAACGAGGAGGUCGUGGUGGACCUCAUCCGCCUCGUGCUCGCGGUGCAGGAGAUCGCCCAGAUCAACGAGGACAACCUGCCGGCGUACAACCGCUGCGCGCUGUACGCGCUGGGCGCCGCCUACCUGAACCUGCUCAGCCAGCUCACCACCGUGCCCACCUUCUGCCAGCACGUCCACGAGGUCAUCCAGAUGCGGCAGAAGGAGGCUCCGUACCUGCUCCCCGAGGAUGUGUUUGUGGAGAGACCCAGGCUGAGCAGGAGCCUGGACCGCCUCGGCCCCGAGGUGUUUUUCCGGCAGAGCAAGAUCAGCGAGGUGCUGGGGGGCAGCGGCUACAACUCGGACCGCCUCAGCACGCCCUACAUCCCCCAGCUGACAGACGAGGAUCGCCUCUCCAAGAGGAAGAGCAUCGGCGAGACCAUCUCCCUGCAGGUCGAGGUGGAGUCGAGGAACAGCCCUGAGCGUGAGGAGCGAGCCCCGGCGGAGGAGAUCACCUACGAGACGCUCAAGAAGGCCAUAGCAGACAGCGUGGCCGUGGAGGAGCAGGAGCGGGAGCGGAGGCGCCAGGUGGUGGAGAAGUUCCAGAAGGCGCCUUUCGAGGAGAUCGCCGCGCACUGCGGCGCCCGGGCCACGCUGCUGCAGAGCAAGCUCAACCAGAUCUUCGAGAUCACCAUACGGCCGCCGCCGAGCCCCUCGGGCACCAUCACGGCGGCGUACGGGCAGCCGCAGAGCCACUCCAUCCCCGUGUACGAGAUGAAGUUCCCAGACCUGUGCGUGUACUGAGCAGGACGGCACCGCCGGACACGCCACGCGGGAUGAGGGCUCCCGUCCUCCUCUUCCUCCGGGCCGCCUUUGGGGUCCUUGGAGGGGCCACGGAUGGUCCCGUUGGGAGUAGGGGCUGGACCGGGACAGCGCUGGCAAAGGAGGUGCUGGCUGGAGACCCGCUCGCUCCUUUGCCCCAUCUCCCCCUUCCCUGGGGGUCCCCUGGGCUUUCUCCCCCAUUGUGGCCCUUUCAGGACCCCGCUGUGCCCCCCCAGGUAAUAUAUACAUGCGUGGGUG